UAUCUUCAGGCCAAGUGUUUCCUGGAUUUCAAGGCCGGAGGUGCUCUCUGUCACACCCUGGGGUCGGUCUACAAGUUUAAGAGCGAGCAGGGGUGGCGUAGAUUUGACCUGCAGAAUCCUUCCCGGAUGGACAGGAACGUGGAGAUGUUCCUAAAUGUGGAGAAGAACCUGGUGCAGAAUAACUGCUUGACUCGACCCACCGUAUUCCUGUCGACGGACAUCGAGCAGAAACAAGCCAUUAAGCUGAAAGACAUCGUCAAACGGCACCAGGGCUCCAUUACUGAUGACAAGUCAAAGGCCACCCACCACAUUUACCCCUCUACAUCCCAACAAGAAGAAGAUGAGUGGCUGCGUCCUGUCACGAGGAAAGACAAACAGGUGCUGGUUCACUGGGGUCUCUCCCCCGACAGGUGAGUAGAGAACAGC